ACAUAGCCCCAAAUUUUCGAACCGUCCGAUCUAGGGCUUCUAUCCAAAAUAAUCCCUAUUUAUACUUUCUGUUAUCCGAUUCAAUUUCCUUUGGCCUCCUGCUCUCCGCUCUGUCUCUAUCUCGUCAUCCCAAAAACAGAGCAGAGAAAAUAAAACCCAAAGCUUUAAAACCUCAAAAAAAUGGUUCAAAGGCUCACUUAUCGGACUCGCCAUAGCUACGCUACCAAAUCGAACCAACACCGUGUCGUUAAGACCCCCGGUGGGAAAUUGGUUUAUCAGACUACUAAGAAGAGAGCUAGUGGCCCUAAGUGUCCUGUUACUGGAAAGAGAAUUCAGGGUAUUCCUCACUUGAGACCUGCUGAGUACAAGAGGUCUAGAUUGCCUAGGAACCGCAGGACUGUGAAUCGUGCCUAUGGUGGUGUUUUGUCUGGAAGUGCUGUUAGAGAGAGGAUAAUUCGAGCCUUCUUGGUGGAAGAGCAAAAAAUUGUGAAGAAGGUUCUGAAAAUCCAGAAGGCAAAGGAAAAGCAAACCUCAAAGAGCUAGGAUGCGAUGAAGCUGAAUUAUUUGGCUUGUUCGAUCCACCUGAGAGAAAUUUGGGUUGUUAUUGCGGUGAUGAUGAAAUGUAGAACUGAAUUUCAAUAUUUUCCUUCUAGUUUGUUCAAAAUUGAUUAGUUUGCUGCUUGUUCAUUUGACGACAAUUCAAUUGCCAAGUUAUUGUUUUAAUGAUGGUUUAUUAUUU